AUGCCAGGUAUCAUUCCGGGUCUUGAUCUCCAUCUGGUUGUGUUAACUUUAAGCAGCUGCGACUCUCAUACGAAGAUUUUACUAGAAACCACGCGUCUUUUAUCUGCUGCUGGUGUUUGUAGGCAUUUAGUUGUGCGCGAAACGCGAAGACAUGCACAUGGCAGCCGUUCAAGGUGUCAACAAUAUGACGUUAAAUCAACAAGAAAAAAUGUACAACGCGAUUCAAGCAAAUUGUGUCAUCGUCACCACCGCCGGAUUUGGCCAGUCUGCCCCAAAUUCGGUCAUACAAGGAAAGCGAGCUUUGGCGCCGGCACCGGAAAGGAACACCGUCUUAAUUGCCAAUAAUUCCGAUAUCCGCUGCAAGCGAAAAAUUCAAUUCGUACCUCACUCUGGCCAAACAAUUCAACCCGCUUCCGUUGCCCGCAGAAACGCCCGAGAGAGAAACCGCGUAAAACAAGUCAACAAUGGUUUUGCAGCCCUUAGGCAGCACAUCCCCUCGAACGUACUCGCGGCGUUCGCACCACCAAGCGGGAAUACCAGCACCGGAAGAGGCGCCAACAAGAAACUUAGCAAAGUUGAAACGCUGAAAAUGGCGGUAGAAUACAUCAGAAGCCUACAGCAAAUGCUGGAGGAUCACGAAGCCGAACUGUCAUCAAAAAGUAUUAGUGACAAUAAUGUUAGUGAUAACCGAUUUUACACAAAUAGUCCCGACACAAUUUCACAGCAAUUCACAAAUUACCCCCUAAUUUUACCUACACCGCCAGCUUCCGAAUCGUCCUCUUCACCUACACCGUCGCACACAUCAGAAGGCUCCUCAACUCCUGUAUUUACAUCCGCGGCAGUGUACAAACGGUAUGGUUACGACAAUUACGACCCCCACAGUCCCGAGGACGAUGAGUUAUUAGACGCCAUCUUCUCCUGGCAACAAAACUCAUGACAGAGUCGAGACCGAUCAUCAAAUCAAAGAUCGUUACUCAUCAUUCCUGAUCCCAGUGCCUUCGUUCAUUCCAAGCAGUGAUAUUGUUGAAUCUCAAUUAAGGCUUUUCAUAAAAAUUUUAUCAUUGUUAUCUAGUCAUUGUUUGUAAAUAUGUUGUACAAAUUGUUCAUUGUAAAGAAUAAUACGCUUCAAUUUUGUAUAUAUUUCUGUGUUCGAGAAAGUGAUACUAAUUUGUAUUCAUUUUUCGAAGUUACAUACUAUCGUUAGUACUUCCUUAAGUUUGAUAGUUUAAGAAGAAGAUUUCGGAACUAAGGUGCCUUUAAAACUGUGCAUUAUUAAUGGGGUACGAAAAUUGUGUUACCUAUAUUUUAAUUGUUAGUACGAAAAUUGCCAUUUGAUAUACAGUAGUUUAUUAUACCGGUAAGAGAAAUUAUAUGUACUUAUCGGUGACCAAAGCCAGUGUUUUAUUCCUCAUUUUUAUAUAUUAGAUUUAAGUCUUAUUGGUACUUUUCUAUUUUUGUAUAUUAUUAGUAUAAGAUUUUGUACUGAAAAAAUACAAUUUACAUUUUUUAUA